CCAAUGAGAGAUAUAUUUUCCAGAACAAUUGGUGUUGUUUGUGUUUAGUAGAUGUUUGUUUGUUCUUCCAAAAUUUCACGAAACUUGGGAAAAGGAUACUCUUCUAACCCUAAUUUUCUUAUUACCUCUCUCUCUCUCAAAUUCCUCUCAUUCUCUCCUCUGAGUACGACGGUGGGCUCUCCCAUUUCUUCAUUGUCCAAGGGUUUGUUUCUGUGGAUCUCGAAGUUCAACGGAAUUUUAAGUAGAGAAGCCCCGCUCAGGCGCUGCUGCGGCCAUUGGAGAACUCCAAGUUCCAUCUCAAGCUUCACUUGUGGUGCGAAACAUUCUGAGGAUUCUGUUGAAGAUCCUCUAUUCUAAAAAGUUUCCAGAGGAUUGCAGUUUGGGACGGAGUAUCUCUCGAGGACAUGGAAUGCAACAAGGACGAAGCGAAAAGGGCAAUGGAUAUUGCCGAGAGAAAGAUUACAGAGAAGGACUACAAUGGGGCAAAAAAGUUCGCUAACAAGGCUCAAAACUUGUUUCCAGAGCUGGAUGGUCUGAAACAUUUAUUGGCGGCUAUCGAUGUUUAUAUCUCUGGAGAGAAAAAUAUUUACGGAGAUGCUGAUUGGUAUGGUAUCCUUGGUGUAGAUCCCUUUGCUAAUGAUGAUGCAGUCAAAAAACAAUACCGGAAAUUAGUUCUUAUGCUCCAUCCGGAUAAAAACAAGUGCAACGGCGCUGAAGGUGCGUUUGAGCUGCUUUCACAAGCUUGGAAUCAACUCAACUGUAAUCAUGGUUUUGUUGCACAAGAGAUAACUCCGCCUUCAUUUGUUCCGAAGCCGCCAGUCAACCUCUCAUCUAACCAACAGCACAGGAGUUCCAAAAAUCAAGCGUCAAACAAAAAAUCAUAUGGUCCUCCUUCUUCUAGGAGAGAGCCUGCAGCAUCUGUUAACCAUAAUUUUCAGUGGGAUUCUUUAACAAGAAUGGCUGGUUCUAACAGCCGAAAUGCUACAAAUCAAGCUGCAAAUGUAGUUCAGCAAGCACAACUGAAGAGAGAGCUUGGGGAGUCGCGAGAAAGGGAUGCUGCUAGAGGAUUCACGAACUCUGAUCUGAGGAAUUUCAAGAAGCCGAAGACAGACGAUUCCCACUUGCGACGUCCAUUGGCAGGUAAUCAAACAGGUGCAAGGAAUGUUGGCAAUGGAAAUACUGAAACGCCCAACACCUUAGGCUCUCGACAUACUCAUGUACAAGGAAUGUUGUUACCUUGUGAUAUAACCAAAGCUCUUAUGGAAAGAGGCCAGGCAGAAAUUUUUAAGAGACUUCCGAAGAUGAUCUCUGAAAUGAAAGCAAAGUUCAGGGAAACUGAUGGGGAGAAGAAAAGUAUGAAGGCAACGAGCAAGAUGAGUGGCAAGGCAAAUGAGGUUGAGAGGUCAAUCGAGGAAAUUCCCCAUGCUUCAGAUGAAGAGAAGGAUGAUGAAGUGAAGACAAUCAAUGUUCCGGAUUCAGACUUUCACAACUUUGAUCUUGACCGAUCUGAAAGUUCUUUCAAAGACGACCAGAUUUGGGCGGCCUAUGAUGAUGACGACGGAAUGCCACGGUUUUAUGCCCGCAUCCAUAAGGUGAUUUCUUUGAAUCCCUUUAAGAUGAAAAUCAGCUGGCUCAAUUCCAAAGGCACCAGUGAAUUUGGUCCCAUAGACUGGAUGGGUGCUGGUUUUGCUAAAACAUGUGGGGAAUUUAGGUCAGGGAGACAUGAACCUACAGAUACACUAAACGCCUUUUCUCACAAAGUUCAUUUCACCAAAGGUGCAAGAGGAUUCCUUCAUAUUCUUCCCAAAAAGGGACAGGUUUGGGCAUUGUAUCGAAAUUGGUCUCCUGAGUGGGACAAGAAUACCCCUGAUGAAGUUAAACACAAGUAUGAGAUGGUGGAAGUUCUUGAUGACUGCACCGAAGACAAACAAAGUGUAACCGUGACUCUCUUACUCAAAGCUGAAGGAUUCAGGGCAGUUUUCCGUAGAAGCACAGAUGGAAACGAUGUGAGGGAGAUUCAAAAGGAAGAAAUGUUGAGAUUCUCCCAUCAGGUGCCUCAUUACAUUCUUACAGGGAAAGAAGCUGAUAACGCACCAGAAGGUUGUCUGGAACUAGACCCGGCUGCAACUCCUUAAUAGUUUGUUGUGAUUCCUUCAUUACAUUCUUAGUUUGUUGGUAAGUUCCUUUUGUCUUUCAUGGAAGCUAAUAUGUAUCUAUCUAAUCUUAGGUACAGCAUACUUACAUGACAUGAAAGAAUAUUUUGUCUGUGGAACUACCUAUAUUUUCUUCGACUGUUCCUAUAUAUGACUUGGAAUAGUUUUAUCACCCUUGUGGUCCAGUUUAUAUAAGAGGGGUUUGUUUUGAGUUUUGACUUUCACUUCCCUUAAAACAAGGUGAUCGAAUGAAGGUGACUUCAGUUUGGUUUA